AAUCAGAACAUAACUGAGGCGGCAGCACAGAGAACACAGUGCUAAGCACAAAGGCAUCUACAAUCUCCUAUAACUCACUCUCUCUUCCUUCUUUCAGGGCCCUUUUUCCACACAGCCAUGGGUCAGUUAUUCUCUGAUAUAGCUCAGGAUGAAGGCCAUGGAGAUUUGGAGUCCAGUUUCACUGCAUAUUUUAAGAAGAUUAAGACAGAAAACACAAUCAUUUCUCAGGAAACCACCCAUUUAAUAGAAUUUCAUCUGAAAAAAGGAAACAUUCAGGGAGCAAACUCCGUAAUCAGUGAUGCAUUAAAAAAUAUUGAUAAUGUCCCAAUAAACAUUGCUGUGACUGGAGAGUCCGGAGCAGGGAAGUCCAGCUUCAUCAAUGCCCUGAGGGGGGUUAGAUCUGAAGACAAAGGUGCUGCUGAAGUUGGGGUAAUAGAGACAACUAUGAAGAUAACUGCAUACAAUCACCCCAAAAUCAAAACUUUGACUUUAUGGGACCUGCCUGGCAUUGGAACUAUGAAAUUUCCUCCAAAAGAUUACCUGGACAAAGUGAAAUUCCAAAAGUAUGACUUCUUCAUUAUUGUUUCUGCCACACGUUUUACAAAACAUGAACUAGAACUUGCCAAAGCAAUCAGAUUUAUGAAAAAGAAUUACUACUUUGUGAGAACCAAGAUAGACAUUGAUUUAGAAAAUGAAAAAACGACCAAACCACGUACAUUUGACAGAGAAAAGAUCCUGGAGAGGAUCAGAAGCUACUGUAUGAAUAACUUUAUUCAGAAUAACAUGGAUGCACCACAGAUUUUCUUGGUUUCUAACCAAUAUUUAUCUUUGUAUGAUUUUCCGGUCCUGAUGGACACCCUGAUAAAGGAUCUUCCUGCUCAAAAGCGCCACAGUUUUAUGCUUUCCAUGUCUAACGUUACAGAGGCAGCCAUUGAUAAAAAGCACGAGUCUAUGCAGCAGACUGUCUGGUUGGAAGCCAUCAAGGAUGGAAUUCUGGCUACUGCUCCUGCAGUGGGCAUCCUCAGGGAUGAUGUGGAGAAGAUGAAGGUGAAGUUAAACUACUAUCGGUUCGUCUUUGGAGUGGAUGAUGAAUCCCUGGAGUUCAUGGCAAAGGAUUCUCAAGUGCCUGUUGAACAACUGAAAAAAGUCAUUAAAUCUCCUUAUUUGUUGGAAACUAAGAAAGUAGAAACAUUAGGAGAAACAUUUUUGAAAUAUUUGGAGAAAUUUGCCUCAGCUAAUGGUGGGCUCCUUGCCACAGGUCUUUACUUUAGGAAAACAUUUUACUUUCAUCAUAUCUUCCUUGACACAGUGACUGAAGAUGCCAAAAUUCUCCUUAGAGUGACAUAUUCAAAAAAGUAGUUCAAACUCACCUCACCCACAGCCACUAAACAUGAUAACACCACAUGGUUAAUACCAGGAACCACUAGAUAAAUCCCCCACCCCGAUAUAUUUUCUUUACACUAGUCUAUCCACUUCUACCAUGGGAAAACCUAAAGAUAAGUACCAUGCUUCUUAAUAUGACAGAGUCAAACAACACAAAUCCCUCUUCAACUCUCUUUCCACCUUACCUGCACACUUGAACACACCACACACACACACACACACACACACAUACACACAUCCAUGAAUGAACACAUGCCUAAUAUACAACUCCCAAACAUGUGCAAACACAUACACAAAAGAUAUUAAUAAGUGUUUUGUAACUAUUUCCCCCUAAUCAAAACAUUCUAAUGAAAUCUCGGGAAAUUGGAUGCACUUGCCAUGCAUGUAUGAGGAGGAUCAGAGUUCAAUUUCCAGAAGCCACAUAAAUGUUGAGUGGGUGUCACAGUCAUCUGCUCUUGACAUUGAGAAGCAGAAACAGUGGAACCAUGGAGCAAGCUGGUUACCUAGGCUUAAGAUCUGCAAGCUCUGGAUCCAGUGAGAGAAUCUGGUUUGGUGGAAAACAUAGAAAUUAACUGAGGAGGAGACCCAACAGAAGCGGUAUGUACACACACACACACACACACACACACACACACACACACACACACACGUAAACAUGUGCAUUCCAGAAUAGGGAUACGCUUUACAUAUAAAAUAAAAUAAAACUCAGGAAGUAAAUAAAAAUCAAAAAAUCACGAGUCUUAGAAAGUACAGGAACAUGACAGGUUCAUGAAGCACUCCUCAAGAUUAUAUAGGCAAAAGGCAUUCUGUGGGAAUGGGGAUUUCAGACCAGCUGAGGUGACUGUAAGUCAUGCCAGGGGCUCCAUGACUGCAGGGGUGGUGGAUCAUUGCUUUGCACAGAUGGGCUUUUCAGUGAUUCAGCUGCCUCUGAUUGGUCAAUGUUCCUAUAAGUAACUUUCACCCUAAUAAACUCACUCAUGCAAUAA